AUGACGCUCGAAGCUACCAUGAUAAUUGUCGACAACAGCGAAAGCAGUCGCAAUGGAGACUACACAUCAACCCGCUGGCAAGCUCAAGUUGAUGCCGUCAGCGUCAUCCACAAUGUCAAGAUGCGCGCUAACCCACAAUCAGCUGUCGGCCUCAUGAGUAUGGGCGGCAAGGGCCCCGAGGUUCUUUCAACGUUCACCACCGAAUUCGGAGGCAUUCUUGCCGGCCUACAUAGUACAAAGAUUCAUGGCACUUCCCAUUUUAGCUCCAGUAUUCAAGUCGCCGGUCUGGCACUGAAGCACCGCUCUGAGAAGUCCCAACGGCAACGCAUUAUCGUUUUCUCCUGCUCGCCGAUUGCAGAAGAACAAGACAGCCUGGUUAAGUUGGCUAAGAAGAUGAAGAAGAACAACGUCUCAAUUGAUGUGAUAGCGUUCGGUGAUCUGGAGUCCGAUCAGACCAAGAAGCUGGAGGCUUUUGUGGAGAACGUGAAUAGCAAGGAGAGCUCCAACCUUGCCAUCAUCCCACCGGGUCCUUAUCUGCUUAGCGAGGAGCUCCAGUCAACCGGGAUCCUGGGCGGUGAGAAUGCCGGCGCCGGGGCUGCGUCCGGUGGUGAUGGUGGUGAUGACGGUGGAUUCAACUUUGAGGAUGCGGCCGAGGAUGACCCUGAGUUGGCGUUUGCCCUUCGGUUAUCCUUGGAAGAGGAGAAGAAUCGCCAGGAGAAGGAGAAGCGUGACCAUGAGGCACAGGAGGGCAAGACGGAGCUGGGUGAGAUCCCUGAAGAGGGCCACGGCGGAUCCAGCGGAGACAAAGAUAAAGACGAGGACAAGAUGGACACUGCGUAA